AAUGUCCAAUUUACCAUGAAGUUUCAAGAUGGAGAACCCUGGGUUUCAUAACUCAGAAAAAGAUAUAACAAAAAAUGGGAUAUCAAAAAUUGGAGAUCCGAGUAAAGAGGAUCAAUCCUGUAAGCUCAAGGUAGAGGAGGGAAUAACAUUCUCUUGGAGUAAUCUCAGUGUUUCAACAAGGCCUAGGAAAGGUGGAAGCUGUUUUGGACUUAUCAAAUCAGAUGAUAUCCCUUCAAAACCUAUUCUCAGAGAUGUGAGUGGUAUUGUACGUCCUGGUGAAUUAUUGGCUAUAAUGGGAGCUAGUGGAGCUGGUAAAUCAACUCUACUAAAUACACUUCUAUUCAGAAAUCUAGGAGAUCUCAAGUUAGGAUAUGUUCAACAGGAUGAUUUAUUCUUUGGAACUUUAACAGUUCAAGAACAUCUUACUUUCCAGGCAAUGGUGAGGAUGGACAAGGAGAUACCAAUGUGGAAAAGAAUGGAAAGAGUCGAAGAAGUCAUGAAAGAGGUCGGGUUGUACAAGUCUAAGGACACUGUGAUUGGUAUACCUGGUAGAAUAAAUAAAUAUAUCGUUCUAACCAACCCUCCUCUACUAUUCUGUAAUAAACCAACUAUAUGUUUAGGUUCUAACCAACCCUCCUCUACUAUUCUCUACUAUUCUGUGAUAAACCAACUAUAUGUUCAGGUUCUAACCAACCCUCCUCUACUAUUCUGUGAUGAACCAACGAGUGGACUUGACUCAUUUAUGGCGGCUAGUGUAAUGGACAUGAUGAUGAAACUGGCAAAACAGGGUAGAACUGUUAUCUGUACAAUUCAUCAACCAGCUUCACAGCUGUUCAAUAAGUUUGAUCGUCUUCUUCUCCUGGCUGAGGGUAGAACAGCGUAUCUAGGAGAUGCUAAGGAUGCUUCUAGAUUUUUUAACAAUUGCAACUUUCCGUGUCCAUUGACCUACAAUCCUGCAGAUCAUUUUAUAGAAGUUCUCGCUAUUCAGCCAGGGCAUGAGAUUGCAUGCAGGGAGACUGUUGCAAACAUUUGUCAUGCAUUUGAUCAGUCUGAAGAGGGAAAACAGCUGAUGCUUGAGGUGAAUAAGGAGGAUCAAGUCGUGAAUGACACGGAAAAUAUGAGAGUAAAUGAUCGCUCACCGUACAAGGCAUCCUGGACUGCACAGUUCUCUGCUCUUAGCUGGAGAACAUACAGGGCACUUAUCAAAGAACCUCUUAUCAUCAAGAUUAGAAUCACUCAGGCGAUUUUCAUAUCAAUCCUCUUGGGAGUUAUUUACUACGGACAGGAGCAUGACCAAUCAGGAGUAAAGAAUAUCACUGGAGCUUUGUUCAUUUUGCUAACAAACAUGUCUUUUGGAAAUAUUUUCGCGGUCGUCAAUGUCUUCUGCGCAGAGCUGCCAAUAUUUUUAAGGGAACAUUUCAACGGCAUGUAUCGGAUUGACACAUAUUUUCUCACGAAACAGUUGGUUGAUCUUCCCCUGUUUAUUGUUGAACCAACGAUAUUCCUGACAAUCCUCUACUUCAUGGUUGGGUUGGAGAGAACUCCUGAGCAGUUCUUUUUUGCACUUGGAAUCGUACUUCUUGUUGUUCAAGUUGUUAUUUCUCUUGGUUACUUCUUGUCUUGUGUUGCUCCUAAUGUGAAUAUAGCUCUUGCCAUCGGUCCAGUCAUAAUUAUCCCAGUUAUGCUCUUCGGAGGAUUCUUUCUUGAUACAAGUAAUGUUGGUUGGUUGGUCUGGAUGAAAUAUUUAUCUUGGUUUAAUUACGCCUAUUCAACCUUGAUAAUAAACCAAUGGAGUGGAGUAACCAAUAUCACCUGUGAACUCCCACCUAAACCAUGUGGCUUUACUACCGGAGAAGAGAUUAUCGGUUUCUACGGGUUCGACGAGGUAGAUACUUUAUUCAACAUUCUGAUGUUAGUUACUCUCUCCGUAGGACUCCGCAUCUUAGCUUUUAUAUCUUUAUAUAUUAGAUCAAGGAAGAAGUAAAUUCUCUUUGUAUCUUGAGUCUAUUAAGUUAGGGAAAUUGCUCUUGUUACAAAAUCAAAAAAUAAAUAAUCAGAAAACAGGAA